AUGAGUGUGUCCACGGGGAUCCAGGAGGCGAGGAGGGCAUUCGUCAGCCCUGAGCAUGACCACGAAGACCUGCUCGAGCUUCUCUGGAACUGCCUCGGGCCCAGCCCUGACGGUGAUCUCGACUACAAUGGCCUGCAGCGGGGUUUCCGUCGACUCGACCAUCCGAUGAAGAAUGCCGACUCGAUGGUCAAGAAGAUUCUAAACGAGGUCGACAGCAAUGGUGACGGCAAGAUCCAAUACCAAGAGUUUAAGAGCUUUGUUCAGCGUGCGGACAGAGAACUUUCCUCCCUCUUCAGGGCGAUAGACAAAGAUGGCAACGGAAAGCUCGACAGGGCGGAGCUCAACGCCGCCUUCAAGGCCGCCGGCCUAACCGUAUCCAGCAAAAAGCUUGAUUGCUUCUUCAACGACAUGGACGUCAAUCACGAUGGAUAUAUUACAUAUCAAGAGUGGAGAUAUUUUAUGCUCUUCAUGCCCGCUCACGAAGCAGACUCGAAGCUGCAAGCCGUUCUAACAUAUUACGACGCUGUGGUAAAUGUCACACCCGAAGGCGAUUCUGUCGUGAGCGAUGAUACUUUGGAAGGCUUAGGUUACUUUCUCGCGGGUGCCAUUGCUGGAGGUGUGUCGCGAACUGCAACCGCGCCUCUCGACCGAUUAAAGGUCUAUUUACUCGUGAACACGCAAAACCGCGGCGAAACGGCGGUAGCGGCGUUGAAGAGAGGCAAGCCACUAGCUGCGCUAAAAAACGCGGCGCGACCUUUUAGUGAUGCCAUCAGAGAUGUGUAUCGGUCAGGAGGAAUCCGGGGUUUCUUUGCUGGUAACGGAUUAAAUGUUGUCAAGAUUAUGCCGGAGACGGCGAUCAAAUUUGGCUCGUAUGAAGCAGCCAAAAGAGCGUUUGCAAACGUGGAAGGACAUGGAGACCCGCAAAGGAUAAACAGCUUUUCGAAAUUCACCGCUGGCGGCGUAGCCGGAAUGAUUGCACAAUUCUGCGUGUACCCUCUUGAUACUCUGAAAUUCCGACUGCAAUGCUCGACGGUCGAGGGCGGCCUCAGUGGCGUGGCAUUGAUGAAGCAAACGGCCGUCAAAAUGUAUGCCGACGGCGGCAUCCGCGCUGGGUAUCGUGGCGUGACAAUGGGCCUGAUUGGCAUGUUCCCGUACAGCGCGAUUGACAUGAGCACGUUCGAGUUCCUGAAGACGACGUAUCGCGCAAAGAUUGCCAAGCAGCUGGGCUGCCACGAAGACGAUGUGGAAAUUGGCAACGUUGCGACUGGCAUAAUUGGUGCGACAUCGGGUGCAUUUGGAGCGACAGUGGUGUAUCCGCUCAACGUGGUGCGGACGCGCCUGCAGACGCAGGGCACGGCGAUGCACACGGCGACAUAUACCGGCAUCUGGGAUGUAACGCAAAAGACGAUACAGAAGGAAGGCGUGCGAGGUCUGUACAAGGGCUUGACGCCGAACCUGCUGAAGGUGGCACCUGCGCUGAGCAUAACAUGGGUUGUAUAUGAGAACUCGAAGAAGGUUCUCGGGCUGCAUUAG